CACAGCUGACUGGCCGACGGACUUUGAGGUGAGACUUCGUGAAAAAGAUUGCAGCGCCGUUGAGUUCAUGUUGCUCCCCGCUGAGGCCCCCGAGAGCGCAGCCAAAGCCAAGAAUGGAAGACGAGGAGACGGAGUUGUCCCUUCUGGCGGACCUGGUGCAUAUCGAGAUCGGACGACGGGAAAAACGACCUCAUUGUAACAGAUGCUGUCGACCUGUGGCUGUGUGCUGGUGCCAGAGUCUUGACAAACAGAUAGUGGAGACAUCAUGCCGAGUUGUGAUACUCCAGCACCCACACGAGGAAAAGCGAUGCCUUCGCACUGCCCCGAUGCUGCAGGCGGCGCUUCCCAAUGGAGCCUAUAUGCAAGUCAAGGGAAAGAGGUUCUCGUUGACAAGGUAUCCACAGCUAACAGACAUUUUGACAAGUGAGAAUUCAAUUCUCAUGUAUCCAGGAGAAGAUGCUAUGAGCCUUGAAGAACUGCCUCCAGUUGGGAAGAACCAGCCCCCGUACAACAUAAUUAUCAUCGAUGGGACGUGGCAGCAGGCUAAAUCAAUGUUCCAUAAUUGCCACCAGCUGCAUUCACUGAAGCAGGUAAGGCUGACUGGGAAGUACACCAGUGAGUAUGUCAUCCGCACGCAGCCCACCGAGGAUGCACUCUCGACAGUAGAGACAGCUGCCAUUGCCCUAGCCACCCUUGAGCAAAAUUGGUCAAUUUAUGAUGUUUUGGUUCAACCACUACAACUUCUUUGCCAGUACCAGAUGAAUCAUGGUGCAGUGCCUCACCAAAGUAAAGAGUACAUGAUUGUAUCAGGACUCUACAAGAAGCCACUUGGGAAAAGAACCUACAAAAAACUGCGCAAGUGUGGAGCCAAACAGGGUGAUACUCUGUCUGAAUUCAUGGACACGCUGGUGAACGAAUACGAAAAUCACGAGGAGGAGAAUGAUGACAGUGGGCACAGCGCCCAUGAUUCAAGUCCUGCAGAACCAAGCAGAGAGGAUGCGCAAGAAGAGAACGAAGAGAACGACCCUUUUUGUCACUUGGACAAGGAAUCCGAAGUGUCCCAGUUAGAUUAUACCCCUUCAGAUGGGAAGCUCAUGUCUUACGAUGAGAUCAGAUGAUACAUUGUCUGUCUGAUAGGGCAUUUCUUACGUAUAAUUCCUUUGUGAAGUGUAUAGGUGAAAUUUACAUGUUAAAUGCUAGAGCAAGUUGUGAGUUCGGCAGAUUUUUUAAAGGUUGUGCUUUCUGCUUCAAAAGAUAGUCUGCCAAAAUUAAGCAAAGAUAAGUGUGAACUUCUCUUGUAUGGAAACAGUUUAGUUUUCCAGUUUUUAUAGUCAUAGAAAAUUUGGAUCUCGCUUAAUUAUAGGCUAUGAUGAAUGUAUUGUGGCCAUGUGUAAACCGUGAAUAAACAGUAAGGAAAAAAAAUAAUUCUUUUAGAUAGAGCUGAAAGUUGUCUACCAUAAGUUGCAGUAAAUUUGACUGAUGUCAGUACAUGGAAAUUCUUAAAGUUGAAGUAUUUUUCAUAAGAAAGACAUGUAAACAUGCAUUGGAUCUUGAGCAGUUAUUCAUCCUUUCAUAGUAUAUAGAUCUAUUAUCUCUGAUUAAGACACUGGAAGAAUCUUUGAGUGCAUGAAUGGUUAAAUCUAGUUUCAUCCAGCUCAACACUGAUAACACUGAGCAUUUUGUUUGUCAUCUAUUUUUUGUAAAGAAUUUCCACCUUUAUAUUCUGUUUAUCUAAUUAUCACAAAAAAAUUAACAAAUUAAAACGCGUUUCGUUAAGGGAAGUUAUAAAAGGGAGUUUCAUGAAACUAAUUAAUAUUGGUAAUUAUAUUAAUAUUAUUAUUGUUGUUAUAAUUAUUACUACUUGAAGUAUUGUUGUUAUUAUCAUUAUUAUUUACUGUUAAUUUUAUUAUUAUAUAUGAUAUUAUCUUUCAUUAUCAAUUCUGACUGAACUGAGUAAUAUUCCAAGUAAUAUUUAUAACUAAAAUUCCUUUAUUAUUAUCAACGUGGCUGUGUACCAAAUUAGAAAGCAAAUAUAUUAAUGCAACCUUAGUUUAGUGUUGCUUCCUACCUGUUCUUAUGGAAAGUUUACUACGCUUCAUUUAACAUAUGAGGAUAGAUAUUUUUCAUUGCACCUAUUUUAGCUACAGUCUUGUUAUGUGUGAUGGGUAGUUAUACAAUUCACUUCUUGCUUAUAGUGCCAAUUUACAGGCUUUUCUCAGAAAAAAAGGGUGUUUUAUUUACUCUUUUCCUAGUUCAGGUAAUCAUACUAAUUGGAUUAAAUUACUAAUAUGACUGUAUUUUUUUUUUAUAGAAGAUUGAUUCAUAGUUUUGUUUGCAGUAUAUAUGUUAUAUGGAAUGAAAUUAAUGGCCUGUAUGUUACUCAUUUUGAAAAUAUUACAUCUGUUAUCAGUAGCAAGGGUAGAUGUAGUCAGUGAGAUUAUUGUUAUUAUUAUUUUUCUCUCUCUCUCUCUCUCUCUCUCUCUCUCUCUCUCUCUCUCUCUCUCUCUCUCUCUCUCUCUCUCUCUCUCUCUCUCUCUCUCUCUCUCUCUCUCUGCAUUGAAAUUCUUACAUUUCAUUUUGGCAUUUAAUUUUAUAUCCACUUGCUUACCCAUACUUAGUAUAAAAAUACCCUGAUGUAAUUUUGGUUUGUUCCAAUAACUUUCUUGUUCUAGUUUUAUUCUUAGCUUCUUUUUAUUUUUGAUCAGUGCAAGUAGUUGAUGGCAAAACUAGUGAUUUAGUGCCAUAGGUGAUGAUUUUCUGGAAGAGAUGCCAUAUCAAUGGAAUGUUUUGUUUCUUAGUCAUUUGAUGCGCUGUUUGUCUUUAUUGAUCAGUAUGGGUUGAGACACAGAUUUGAUAAUUUGUAUAAAAUGUGAUAAUAUUGGGACUUUGAGAUACAUCUGCAACUUAUAAAAACUUCUUUUCAAUACCUCCUCUUUGUAAAAUCUGUGACUUAAUAGGAGAAGAGUAUGAAGCAGACAUUUUUCCAAGAAAAGGUAGUUAGAAAAAAAUACAAUACUGUAAUACUGUCCAGUAAAUGCUGCUUUUCAAUACCAAA